GCUAAGGUGAGCUGAGGUGCGGUGAGAACUGGAAGCUCGGUUUGUACUCUUGAGUUUCUUUUUCUCUUAGUGCGUAAAAACGCGCGCUCGACGCGCAUCUCCAGUUUGCAGCAAACGAAAAGAGGUGGGACCUCCGCCCUCCGCAUUUAUAGCAAUAAUCUGGGUUCAUAUGAGGUAUUUCUGGCGGUAGGAGCAAGGGAAGUAUUAAACAGACUGUGGACGUCGUGUCUUUAGCGUCGGACAGAAAAGGGAACAGAGUAGCUAUCAUGGAUUUAAAUGAUGCCAAGACUCAUAACUAUGAACUGGUGCCACACAAAGGCUUCACGUUGAUCAACGGGAUUCAUGAUCCAGAUGAUGUAGACCAGAUUUACAACCUGGAGAUCAGAGACUCUGAUGUGUUUGUCGUCACAUACCCAAAAUCAGGAACCAUCUGGAUGCAGCAGAUUAUGCUGCUCCUUGAGGCAAAGGGAGAUAUGACAGCCAUCAGCAGUAUCAACAACUGCUGCAAUGAUGAACUCAUCCCCUGGAUUGAGCUGAAGGGCAAGAGACAAGCGUUCAUUACGGCCCCAUCACCCAGACUGAGGGUCACCCAUCUGCAGUACCACUUUAUGCCUCCUGCUCUGAGCCAGAAGAAGGGCAAGGUGAUCUACGUGGCAAGAAAUCCCAAAGAUGUCCUUGUAUCUUACUUCUACUUCCAUAAGUUUGCAAACAUAUUAGAAACUCCAAAGGAUUUCAAUGACUUCUUUGAGAAAUUCCUGAGAGGAGAUGUGUUUGGAUGCAGCUGGUUUGAUCACGUUAAGACUUGGUACUCACACAAGGAUGAUAUGAACAUGCUGUUCAUCACUUAUGAAGAAAUGAUUCAAGAUCUGCCGUCUGCAGUGGAGAGGAUCUCCUUGUUCCUGGGUAAAGAGCUGACUGAUGAGCAGCUGGCUAAUGUGGUUAAACACAGCACCUUCAACAACAUGCAGAAGAUCCCUCAAGCCAACUACGAGCAGAUACCAGAUAGCAUGCUCAACCACCACCAGGGAAGAUUCAUGAGGAAAGGCACCAUCGGUGACUGGAAGAAUCACUUCACUGUGGCCCAGAAGGAGAAGUUUGAUGAGGUCCUUUACAAAGAGAUGAAGGACUUUCCUCUGUCUUUUAUCUGGGACUUCAGGGACAUUGAAUGAUCAGUUGUUGGUCUUAUGACUACGCAAAGAAGAAGAUAGUCAGAGUAGCAGCUUCUGUGCUAUACAGAAAAAACAUCCGCUUCUCUUUCCUUCUGCCAAACUAGUGUCUUUGUAUAUUUUAGCCUGUGAGGCUACAUUUCACUUUAUUGCUGUUUCCCAAAGCAGCAGUAAAGUGUAAUGAAAAAAAAGUUACCUUCCCUCCAGGCAACCAUCAAUUUCCAUUCAUUUUAGUGUAUUUUAAAAACGUAUGCAAUUCUGUACUAGGGUCAGAAUAUGUGGACUCUGGCAACUCUGUUGACGUAGUAGAAUUAAUUUUCUUAUGGUCAUUCAAUAGAUAUGCUGUGAUCUCAAUGUAGUAAGCCUUGUUUUGUGGUCAUGCAAAAACAGAACUCCAACCAUGGCCCCACUGUUAAAAUCGAUCUGGAGACAAUCUACAGCUUGUUAAGUCAGGUAAUUCUUCACAGGGAUCAUGUCUGCUUUACUGUUGUCUAAGUUGCAUUAUUAUUCCUCGAAUGCGGUGCAGACUCUUCAAAUCAAUCUUCACUUACAACUGUAUUACCAUGGAACAAUUACUUUGACAAUAUUAAAAUCUUUAAAGCUUUAUGU